CUAUAUCAUUAGCUGGUCACGCGGCCCAAUUGAUUCCUAUAAAAGCCGCCCCACUCACCAUUCUGCUUCUGCGCUCUGCUUUUUCUCUGCUCUUCUCGAUUUCUCCGGUGCACCGCUCCUCUGAUCGGCCGAUGGACUUCGCCGACGCUCCGUCGCACGGAGACUCGCUGGUGGUGGUGAGGGACGCGCUGCUGUCGCAGCUCCAGCAGGAUCGCCUCCGGAAGGACAUCAUCGUCGCCGAGCUCGCCAAGAUAGAGCGCGCCAUGGCUCUGCGCGAUGUCUCGCAGUCGCCGACGCCCCGGCACGCCGCCGCCGCCGCCGCCGCCGGAAAGACUAUUACAACUGUGGCUACACCGGCCAAGAAACCAUCGCCUUCAGAGAAAUCUGAACCGGCAGUUCAGAAGUCGAUGCCACCCUCGGCAUGGAGCUGCGCCGUGUGCCAGGUUCGAACAACCAGCGAGCGCAACCUACGUGAUCACUGCGGAGGUCAGAAGCACCAGUCCAAAGUCGCAGCACUGGAGAAGACAACCAAGGCCAUGGCGAGAACGACGGCGAAACCUUCUCCCGGUGCAGCAGCAAGAUGGGGCUGCAGCAUCUGCAACAUCAGCUGCAACGGCGAGUGCGAUUUCGAUACCCACCUGAAGGGGAAGAAGCAUCAAGCGAACACCCAGGCCUUACUGGAACAAAACAAGAAGAGCUCAGUGAAUCCAGAGUCACAGGGAACCAAGGCGGCGGCAGCAACACUGAUCUGCAGAGUUUGCCAAGCUAAGUUCACCUGUCAGUCAGACUUGCAGAGCCAUCUCAAGGUCAUGAAGCACCAGCUGAAUCUCCGGGCACCAUCUUCAGAUGGCUCUAGCUUCACCAGUGCAACCUCGGAGAGUUUGAGUUUGGAAUUGUAUUCUUGCAAGGUUUGCAGCGUGAAGUGCACCUUCGAGAGGAUGCUCGCGUACCAUCUCACUGGGAAGAAGCACCUGAAACAGGAGAAUUUGCAGUUGUCCUGCGAGAUCUGCAAACUGCAGUGCAACAGCGAGAAAGUGCUCUCUGACCAUCGUUAUGGGAAGAAGCACCAGGCGAAGCUCGAGAAAGUGCUUCAGGCAAAGCUCAAUGCGACGGAAUGAGAUGCGUCUGAUUCUGAUUAAAGAUGCUGGCGUUUUGACUUUUGAGCAACGAACAUUUAAAUUAUCGACGGCACUGUAUGAUUAUUUCAGAUUAUUAAUCCUUGAUUUUGGGACUUACUGCUGCUGCUUCUUUUCAA